AUGGAGGCUGCUUAUGGCUCGGCGCAGCUCCAGCCGAUGCCAAAGCCAGUGCCAGGGAGAUGGCGGCUUAAUCGAGUGGCAAUGCUGGAGGCUGUUUUCGUCCCAUGGGCAAUCUUUGUUUGUGUCUCCUGGCUGCUGACGUUCUCUGUCCACUACAAGCACACAGUGCCAACGCUGGUGCUAGCGGCAGCGUGCUUGCUGGUACCGGCUGGCAUGUGGUAUAGAGUUUGGCAGCAGCGGCACGACUCUCGAGACAUCUCUCAUCGAGAGCCAAACUGGUUCAACUUUCUUGCCAUCAUGUGCUCGAUUGCCUGGCUUGCCGGCGUGGUAGCUGGGCUCUACACCUGGUUUUCUUACAUGCUGCCGUACUUUGAAAAAGAAAGCCUGGCGAUCCUCACCAACGUAGACACCAGAAGAGCUGCAGGUGGGCAGUUUCUGGACAUGGGUGCGCUGGAAUUCGCUCCGCGAACAGAUGUCAACGAGAGCCUAACUAUGGGCUACAAGGAUGGCAACCUGUACUGCGUGGCUCCCAUCGUAACCUCAGGAGGUGUCAAUUCGACGCCACCUGCGUUUUACGAUUUCUGGGCAGUGGGCGUGAACUGUUGCAAUCCAUUCGCUCCCAAGCUGUUUGCUUGUGGCGAGCCCAAUGAUGACGAGGCCAGGUGCAUCUGUUAA